CCUCCUUCCCUCACAGCAGCCUACCAGGCAGCAAUUACGCUUUGGGGAUAAAACGAGGCUCAGAGAGCAGGCUGGGGCAGUCCUCCCCGAGAUGGCGGGUCUGACAGCAGCAGUCCCGAAGCCUGGCGUCUUGCUGAUCUUCCUGCUCAACCUCCUCCAUCCUGCGCAGCCUGGAGGGGUUCCAGGAGCUGUGCCUGGGGGAGUUCCUGGUGGAGUCUAUUAUCCAGGGGCUGGUAUCGGAGGCCUGGGAGGAGGAGCAGGAGGAGCUCUGGGACCUGGAGGAAAACCACCUAAACCAGGUGCAGGUCUUCUGGGGGCCUUUGGAGCAGGUCCUGGAGGACUUGCAGGUGCUGGCCCUGGGGCAGGUCUGGGAGCCUUUCCUGGAGGUGCCUACCCAGGGGCAGGAGCUCUGGUACCUGGAGGAGCAGCGGGGGCUGCUGCGGCUUAUAAAGCUGCUGCCAAAGCUGGGGCUGGGCUUGGUGGAAUUGGAGGUGUUCCUGGUGGUGUUGGAGUUGGUGGCGUCCCUGGUGCUGUUGGAGUUGGUGGCAUCCCUGGUGGUGUUGGAGUUGGUGGCAUCCCUGGUGGUGUUGGAGUUGGUGGCAUCCCUGGUGGCUUAGGAGUAUCAACAGGUGCUGUGGUGCCUCAAGUUGGAGCUGGAGUCGGAGCUGGAGGAAAGCCUGGGAAAGUUCCCGGUGUUGGUCUUCCAGGUGUAUACCCAGGUGGCGUGCUCCCGGGCACAGGAGCUCGGUUUCCAGGUGUGGGGGUGCUCCCUGGAGUUCCCACUGGCACCGGAGUCAAGGCCAAGGCUCCAGGUGGAGGUGGUGCUUUCGCUGGAAUCCCAGGGGUUGGUCCCUUUGGGGGACAGCAGCCUGGUGUCCCACUGGGUUACCCCAUCAAAGCACCAAAGCUGCCAGGUGGCUACGGACUGCCCUACACCAAUGGGAAAUUACCCUAUGGAGUGGCUGGUGCCGGGGGCAAGGCUGGCUACCCAACAGGAACGGGGGUUGGAUCUCAGGCAGCAGCAGCGGCAGCUAAAGCAGCAAAGUAUGCAGGUGCUGGAGGAGCUGGAGUUCUCCCUGGUGUUGGAGGGGGUGGCAUUCCUGGAGGUGCUGGUGCAAUUCCCGGGAUUGGAGGCAUUGCAGGUGCUGGGACUCCCGCAGCAGCUGCUGCUGCAAAGGCUGCUGCUAAGGCUGCUAAGUACGGAGCUGCUGGAGGCUUAGUACCUGGUGGACCAGGAGUUAGGGUUCCAGGUGUUGGAAUCCCAGGUGUUGGGAUCCCAGGUGUUGGUGGUAUUCCAGGUGUUGGUGGCAUUCCAGGUGUUGGUGGUAUUCCAGGUGUUGGUGGCAUCCCAGGUGUUGGGGGCCCUGGUAUCGGAGGCCCAGGCAUUGUGGGUGGACCGGGGGCUGUAUCACCAGCUGCUGCCGCCAAAGCUGCUGCCAAAGCUGCCAAAUAUGGAGCCAGAGGUGGAGUUGGUAUUCCAACAUAUGGAGUUGGUGCUGGGGGCUUUCCUGGCUAUGGUGUUGGAGCUGGAGCCGGACUCGGAGGUGCAAGCCAAGCAGCUGCUGUUGCUGCCAAAGCUGCCAAGUAUGGUGCUGGAGGAGCUGGAACCCUGGGAGGCUUGGUGCCAGGUGGAGGAAUUGCAGCAAUACCAGGCGUACCAGGCACUGGUGGAGUGCCAGGAGCAGGUACCCCUGCAGCUGCAGCUGCCGCCGCCGCCGCCAAAGCAGCCGCCAAAGCCGGCCAGUAUGGUUUGGGCCCUGGCGUUGGUGGGGUUCCUGGUGGAGUUGGAGUUGGUGGGGUUCCUGGUGGAGUUGGUGUUGGUGGGGUUCCUGGUGGAGUUGGCCCUGGUGGUGUUACCGGUAUCGGAACCGGUCCUGGCAUCGGCCUUGUACCUGGUGGCAUUGGAGGUGCAGGGACACCGGCUGCUGCAAAAUCUGCUGCUAAGGCAGCUGCCAAAGCCCAGUACAGGGCUGCUGCUGGGCUUGGGGCAGGUGUCCCUGGACUUGGGGCAGGUGCUGGUGUUCCCGGAUUUGGGGCAGGUGCUGGUGUCCCCGGAUUUGGGGCAGGUGCUGGUGUCCCCGGAUUUGGAGCUGGAGCUGGUGUUCCUGGAUUUGGGGCUGGAGCAGUCCCUGGAUCCCUGGCUGCAUCAAAAGCUGCUAAAUAUGGAGCAGCAGGAGCUGGUGGCCUAGGAGGUGCUGGAGGUCUUGGAGGUGCUGGAGGUCUCGGAGGUGCUGGAGGUCUUGGAGGUGCUGGUGGCCUCGGAGGACCCGGGGGUCUCGGUGGGGCUGGUGUCCCAGGUGGUGUAGCAGGAGCUGCACCUGCUGCUGCUGCUGCUGCUGCCGCCAAGGCUGCCGCCAAGGCUGCCCAGUAUGGAGCAGGAGGACUGGGAGCCGGUGGACUGGGAGCCGGUGGACUGGGGGCUGGUGGACUGGGGGCCGGUGGACUGGGAGCUGGUGGACUGGGAGCCGGUGGACUGGGGGCCGGUGGAGCAAUCCCCGGCGCUGCAGGCGUUGGAGGUGUGUCCCCAGCUGCAGCUGCUAAAGCAGCCAAAUAUGGUGCCGCUGGCCUUGGAGGUGUCCUAGGAGCUAGACCAUUCCCAGGUGGAGGAGUGGCAGCAAGACCUGGCUUUGGACUUUCUCCUAUUUACCCAGGUGGUGGUGCCGGGGGUCUGGGAGUUGGUGGAAAACCCCCAAAGCCCUAUGGAGGAGCCCUUGGAGCCCUGGGAUACCAAGGUGGAGGCUGCUUUGGGAAAUCUUGUGGCCGGAAGAGGAAGUGAUCUUCCGGAGACCCCUGACUCGCGACCUCAUCAACGUUGGUGCUACUGCUUGGUGGAGAAUGUAAACCUUCUAUGACCACCCCCUACUCCAUCCCCUUGACCCCCACCUGGGAGGGGACAACAGGCCAGUGGCCUUGGAAACCCACAGGACAAGGAAAUCAGACAGCAGCAGCCACUUACCCCUAACUAGCAAUUGCCCCCCAACAUCAGAGGCCAGGGCGGGUGCCCCAUCUCUUCCCACCCAGGAGCUCCCACACACACACAGUCUCCAUCUCCAAGAGAAAUUGGUGCUACAUGUUGGUGCUUUUUUUUCAUGGGGGGGGAGGGAGGAGGGAAGGGUAUCCCACGGGGUCACUCCCUUCCUUGAAACCCCUCUAUUAAGAUGGUGCACACCUUUGUUGGGCAGUCCCACCUCCCCCUGCCCACCAGGAGCCAUCCCUGGCUGCAUCCCAUUGGUACCCAAGUGCUGAAAGCCUUGACGCUGGAUUUGGUGACACAGUUCCUCUCUCUUUGAAUCUUUUGGCCCCAUAUCCCUCUACCAGUAGCUGUUUCCCACAUCUGGGACAACUUGUCGUCAGAAGGCUCCCACACUGGGAAUAGCUCCCUUGUUCUUGUGGAAUCCACUGUCCACCGCCCACCCUCCCACCCAUUCAUCAAUCCAACCAUCCGCCCAUCCCAACUGCCUAGUGCCACUAGCUGGCUGGGCACACCCAUUAUCAACCUGAUUCACCUGUCAUGGCAGCCUGUACCCUGUUCCCACCCCCCACCCCCCACCCCAAUUGCUGGCUGGGGUGUGAGGGGUUGUGCGGGCUGGGGCAGGACUAUCCUCCCCACAUGCAGUACUGUAUUCCCCCAUCCCUUCCUGGAGCCACUCUAUUACAGAGAAUGUCCUACCACCCCACCCACCUCUUUGUGUUUCGCUGUGAUAGAUCAAUAAAUAUUUUAUUUUUUGUCCUGGAUAUGUGGGGAUGAUGUUUGAUUGUUGGUGUGCUCUUUGGGUUUUAUUUUUAUGGUUAAUUGGGAAAAAAUUUUUUUUCUUAUCUGAGGAGCUGUAUCCUCAGGAGAAAAUUCAUUUUAAUCGCUUUGAUAUAACUCUGGAUGAAACACACAUUUUU